GGCGCAUGCCUAUCCGAUGUACGGAUUGUGGACGGAGGCGAGCCGGGUUAUUGUUGUUGUUGAAGAUCGCGUUUAUGAACAUUAAGAAACAGCGCGGCAACUGGCUCAGCAGUUCGCAUCACCUAUCAGGAACACAGCCGCCGGCAUGGGGAGGGCUUGCCACUACUGCCUCAAGUACCUGCUGUUCGUCUUCAACCUGGUCUUCUGGCUUGGUGGCUGCGGCGUGCUGGGAGUCGGCAUCUGGCUGUCCAUCACGCAGGGCGGCGUGGCUGCCGUGUCUCCCAACCUUCCGCUGCUGUCGGCCGCCAACCUGCUGAUUGCGCUGGGUGCCGCCGCCAUGCUGCUGGGCUUCCUGGGCUGCCUGGGUGCCAUCAAGGAGAAUCCGUGCCUCCUGCUCACCUUUUUCGUGCUCCUGCUCGUCGUGUUCCUGGCCGAGUUUGUGGGAGGAGUUCUGUUCUUCGUGUACCAGGGACAGGUAGAGGACUGGGCCCAGGACGACCUGAGGCAGGGCCUUCACCUGUACGGCACCGAAGGCAACGUGGGUCUCACCAACGCGUGGAACACCCUGCACUCCGAGGUUGGCUGCUGCGGUGUGCACAACCACACCGACUGGUUCACUGUGUUCGGUGAGCGUCGCGUGCCAGACUCGUGCUGCCGGGACUUUGCCAGUGGCUGUGGCUCCGUGCCAAGCUCUGCCUACGCCAGACCGGGCUGUUAUGAAAAGUUGAAGUCGUGGAUCAAAGACAAUCUCAUCUACGUUGGAAUCUUUUGCCUCGGAAUCGCGACCAUUCAGAUCCUGGGCAUGGUGUUUUCCAUGACAAUGUUCUGUCACCUUCGAGCCGAGGAGAAAGACUACGAGUGACGGAGUCCAGCUGGUGUGCGCGCGUGUGUGCGCACGUGUGUGUGCGCGCGUGUGUGCGUUGUAUGUUUACGUGUCUGAGUACGUGUGUGAGCAUGUGUGUGAGUAUGUGUGUGUGUGGCGAGCCGGUAGUGCAACGGUUAGCGCGCUGCGCUACGAACCCGGCGACCCGAGUUCGAUUACCGCUCAAGGCCAAUACCAGUGACGAUUAUCUGAACUGGUCCUGGGCCUCCUCCCCUAUGUCGACUCAGCCUAAAUAAGUACCUGGUGCGGUGUGUAAACAUCACCACUAGGGAGACAAAGGCGGCCGGGCGUGGUGCUGGCUACCCACCCCCUUGUUUGCCAUGUUGGCCUUCAUAGGUGCUCGCUAACAGCACUUGCACCAACAGUCUGUUAACGCUAUACGGGGGAUGUUUGUUUUUUGAGUGCGUGUGUGUUACGUGUGUUGACCGACGCGCAUCCACCGCCGUUCACCGCCUCCUGACAGCGUUACGAGAUGCCUUCCCUCGACUGCAGAAUUUUUCUUCCCAUGGCAUUCAAAUGAGGCCCUUAGUUGUGCCCGUUAGGUAAUCAGCUGUUGAAGCUGCUUAUUUUCAAGCGUAAAGGAAGGCCUCUGUUUAUGUUGGAGAUGUGUUCCUGGCAGAAGCGGCGUUCGACGAAACGACGUGAAUUGGAACCUACGUUAACGUUGACUGAAUGAUAGAAAUUUAGGAUACGUUCCUGGGGGAAGAUUUUCAGUCAAAGUUUGCAGGGAAAAAAAUAUUAAUUCGGCACCAAAAAAGAUACCCCCCGAAAAAUAUAACAAGUUUAAAUGAAUAAUGUAAGUUAACACAGAGUACUCACCAGAGAUAGCGAUGGGGAUCUCAGGUGUGUACUACACCGCACCUCCGAUUAGCAUGGUUGGCUACGUACGGUGCGAAGGAAGUUCAACAUAGGCAGCAUUUAAAGCAGUGUUCAUAAAUUUUCAGAGGGGGUGGCCACUUUCGCCAAUAAGACGUCGUCAACGUAAGGGCGGCCACACAUUUGAAACCAUUGGGGGUUUGACAGCAGCACGAUGAUGAUGAUGAUGUUGGAGGGGUGUUUUUACCAUUUGUGUAUUGUCAGGAGGGCCACACGUCAGGUGGUGCACUAAAGGGCCCCACCAUUGGCCCUCGUGGGUCUGGCAGUGAAGAACUCCGAUGGAGGGUAUUUGGCUGAUAUUCUUAGGUUUUUUCCGGUAAAGUCACGUAGGUAAAAAAUUAAAAUUAAUAAAAGUAAAAUUUUUAUUGUAUUUUUAUUUUACUUUUAUUAAUUACAUUUUUUUACCUACGUGACUUUACCGAAAAAACCUAAGAAUUUGAAUCCUUGCAGUCACGAAAGCUUCAAAUCUGGUAUUUGGCUGCUCUACAUUUCAACGUGAUAAGCCACUUCGCUGAGCUAUCAUUUGUGAUGGCCAGGUCGCUUCUGAACAACGAGACAUAGUGGAGCUCAGUACGGCCUUGCCUGGUAAGCUAAGUAGGUUAGUUUGGCGACGCUGUAAGCACAGAGGCUUUGAGUGCCUGCCAGAGUGGGCGCCGUGGCAGAUUGCGUCGACGCGCAUACCGCUCAAACCGCCGCGUUCUUUGAACUUUUUCAACAGAACGUUGCGAGCGGAUCGAUGCAUUUUAAAUCGAAUCGUGUUCCCUAAUCCGUUGGCGACGUUAUAGUGAAACGACGCAUAUACCCAGCAACGUAAAUGGAGGAGUUCCUGUAUUACAUUUCUGUUUUUUUUAUGUAUACCUAUUAUAGUUAGCUCAAUAGGUUAUUUGUUCAAAUAUUUGCCAAAUAUCUAACUUUUUUAUAUUGCAGUCGUAGCAUAAUUAGAUAACAUAACAAGCAUCCAUCUAUGAGUCCAGAUCAUUGCUUUACACAAGCAUUGGUCUCAAUAGGGAAACUCUGGACUGGUUUGAACCUUCUGGGUCUCAUCAGCAGUCCCACCUCUGUUAAAAAGAUAUAUUGCUGCUGGUUUGCCAGAUAUUAGUUUCAAGUUCACUUUUAUUUUGCUUACAAUUAUCGUCAAAUUGUAACUUAACAGCUGUGCAACCCAGCCAGAUGUUAGUUACAUUACUAUGGGAGGUGCAAGUUAAGUAUGUUAUGAACGCCAAAACGCCACUGAAUCAAGUUAAAAUAGUUUUUUUUACGUCAUUUUAUUUUAAAACAUGUCGCACUGAGUUUGCCGUGCCAAGUUAGUCUGCCUUAAGGUCCAGAAUCCUAGUGCUUUUAUUGAUUUUUUUUUCUAACGAGAGGUAGGCAAAUGUCCCCUGAUCUGCGGUACCUGCUGAAUCUGGGAUAGCAGAUAUUUUUACUUUGGCCACUGUUCCAGCGGAAUGUGCGUACUUUACAUUUUAAUUAUUUAUUCACGUAUUUAAAAAUAGACCGGUGUGUUUAGAUAGCUCUGCUGGAAGGCACUCACGGCGCUGAAGCAAUUUAACAGCCGCUCUGGCAGAAGGAAGCGAUGGAGGUGCAAGGAUACAUCGGUGCCAAGGCCUGCGACGACCUCUUGUCCUUGACUUUGUAAAACAUUUUCGGCGUUUUUAUUUAGGAAUUGAUUUGAACGCAGGCAAGUGUGUGGUAGGCGAGUCACCGAUUCACCAAUUACAAUCCAUUCUCGAGCCCGUGGUUUGUCAUGUAGCACGAACUGGCAUCAUUCUUGAGGAUAUUUGCUAAUUGUAUUGGGAAAUUUUGCAUCUGCCUACAGUCAAAUCACCCAGAAUGCACCCCAUCUCUCGUCAGAUAUCAGAAGCCAAGCAGAUUGUGAGCCUGGAUAAUUCUUGGAUGGGCCACCACCAUGCAAAUCAGGUUGUUAGAGGCUGCUGCAUGGCUAUAUUGCGGUCAGUGCAUACAAUCCAUUUCACUUUACUUUAAACCCUCCCCGCCUUCGCCAAUUCUCACUGACCAGUGUGCGUGAAGUACGGUGAACUCUCCCCCAUAUCCCACACGGCAUGUGGAGGCCCUUAUCCAGCAGUGGAUGGACGAAUGUGAGUGCACGAUGCAAACGCUACGUCUUGGCGAACGGAGGGAACGAGGACCGUGGAUGGCGUGGGUCAAACCACAAAGGGAUACAAAGUGGAUGGUUGCGUGCCUGCUGUUUGUGAGCUCUGUUGGACGAGUUUUUUUUUAUCCAUCUCCAUCAUCAAUCCCUGCAGCCUCUCGCCCACGCGACUGCCCGCCCGCCGCCUUUCCCGUCCUUCAAAUGCAGGUCCGACACGGCGCUAUGAAUCUGCCGAUGCAUAGAUGCGAAAGCGUUGACCACGUGCGGAAGGCAGGGGCAGGGUGUUUGGGACUCAGCGUUGAGGUACAGGGUUAGUGGAGAGAGGAAAAAAAGCACGUGAAUCCGCUCGUGUGACUUAUUUUAAGUUCUUAAAUUUGUGGGUUUUUGUUUGUUUUGGGAGGGGUGUUUCAAACCAUCCGCUUAAAAGUACUUAAUGUCGCCACAUUUCAAUCGAAGCAUCAAAGCCGUUUACACGUAAAGCCGUCAAAGCGGGUCUUACCUGGGCAGGACGGACUCAAAUGAGAGACGUCGGAGUCCAAAACCUUGUUUACAAAACCGUGAAAUAAUAUUUGUGUUAAACCCGGUAUAUGAAGGAUUUUUUUCAGCGGCAGACCUGGAUUUUCAGGGCCACCCACGGCUGUUUAAAAAAAAAAAAUCCGAGUCGCGUUCACGGCAGUUCUUGCGAGCAGCGCCUGAAUAUACAGGCGCGACACGUCUCCAAUGCAGUGUUUGUUCUUGGUAUUUGCUAUUUAAUCUCUUCUCCCGAGUCGGAACGCCCGUCACCAUCGCCACCUCCACCGCGCACCUGCUCUGAAAAAGGGUCACGCACCUGGAGGGGGCAGGGGGGGCAUGUGGGCGCUCGUUUCUGGAGCUUCUUGUUUUGGCACAAGUUCGUGGUCGUUGCCCGACAGGGCCGAACAUGUUUACUUGGUAAUCAACGUUUUUGGGUUUAGAUCUACAACUCGCAUCGUAACAACUGCAUGAUUACUAAUCUAGUAUAUCAUUACAAUAACCCCCCCCCCCCUCAAAUCGUUGCACCUGAUGAGUUGAUGAUGACGUCACCCUGCUGCUGCUCUAUAUAAGAACGGGAGACAGAGCAGAGCCUCACCAUUCUGGCGAAUGGCCCGACGAUGCUGGAUGCAAUUACCAGCGAAACGUCGUACUACUCAAAUUGUAAUGUUGUGGUUUCACGCUUCAACACACCGGUGGGCUAAAGCAGUGAACUAUUUGUCUUUUGUCAACGUGACACUUUUUUACUGAUUGGCCGUGUCGGGUGGUGGAGGGUUAUGACACAUUUAUAAAUAAAGCGAUCUAAACCCAAAAACGUUGAUUAUGAAUAAUAUUGGUCGCCAAAGCCUCACACGUGUUAAACUGAUGUUUACUUGGGUCCAGGCACAAACGUCGUUCCCUCGGUAACUCCUGCGGUGAAGUGUUUAGCAAGCUGUAAACUGAGCACGUUCAUUAAUAAGGAUUUAAAGAGAAGAUUUAAUGGGACGUUUUGCGCAUGUUUUUUUAAGUUUUCACCUGAGUAAAAAAAAACUGCCAAUGUAGCAAUUAUAUUUUGACAUAGGCUUCGGGUAUUAGCUAUGUCAGCACAUUAACAACGCUAAGACUGCUGUAUGUGUUUGUUAUUUGAAAAAUGGUAGUUCCGGUUUCUCUGCUUUAAUCAAAAGGGGUAUUGUAUACUAUAUUUAAACUGGAUUAUUCGUUGCAGUGUACGCGUUUGUGUUGCUAGUGAUGAACAAGCACAAAGCCAAAAUAUCGCUCCCCUGUGGUCAUUAACAUUUCAUUAAAGAAUAGUCAUCGUCCUUUAAAUAGACUGACUCUGCCAUAAGCAUGUGGAAUUUUCACCGCACCUCCGAUUAGCGCUGUUGGCUGCGUAUGGUGCAAAAUAAAUUUGACAAAGACAAUGGAGGCGAAUGCCCGUGUGGAGAGACGACAGGGAAAUUAUGUGGCUCAGAAGGUGCAAGUGAUGCAAGUGGAAGGAAAGAGAUCGAGAGGAAGGCGGAGGAAGAGGUGGGACGAUGUGGUGCGAUCGGAGAGUGGUGGGCCGAGGAGCGGAAAGAGAGAUGGCGCAGGACAGGGCGGUGUGGAGAACGUUGGCAAAGACCCCGCAUGAGUGGGACAUGCGUGGAAGAAGAUGAAUGUCGUGUCGCGCUUAUUUCAUCAGGGAGACGCUUAAAAAAGACUUUGAUGUUAAGUUCAAGUCGCUCAGUGCUUAUAAGGGACAAUGUAAAAAACAUUCAAAUUCUGUUCCAGAGCUGCUGUAUUCAGUAGUGGGUUUACGGGGGGCUGUUAAAGAACUGAAUUUCAUAGUCUCAAGUGCACUGUUAAUGACCAGUAGCGGGGAUGUCUCGUUGUCCGACUCGGUAAAAGGGGGGUUUUGAGAAAGUCACGACCCCCAUAACAACAAUACGUAUACUCAGGCUGCGUCGUGCGCUUCAAGUUGUGUUCACAAAGAAAAGUGACUAUGUGGUUCUUUCGGUAAAGUCUCGUAGAAAUUAAAAUCCAAUAUUCUUGGUUCGUUCGGUAAUGUCACGUAAAAGGGAAAUAAUAAAAUAAUAAAAAUAAAACAAAAAAUUUAUUUAUAAAAAUUAAAAACAAUUUCAUAAAAGAAUAAAAAUAAAAAAUACAAUUGUUUUUAUAAAAAAAAUUAUAUAAAAAUAAAAACAAUUUUAUUGUUUUAUUUUAUUCAAAAAAACUUAAUUUUUUAUAAUUGUAUUUUUAUUAUUUUAUUAUUUCCCUUCUACGUGACUUUACCGAAAGAACCAAAGAGUAAUUCCUGCAGUCACGAAAGCUUCGAAUCCAGAAAGGAAAGUGACUUUAAAUUAACGCUUCAAGUUCAUCGUUAGGACACUAAUGUAAAUUCGACCGCACUCCUAUUCACAUGAAUACACCAAUGCACUGAUCCAUUUAAAGUAAUUUCUUUUUCACGUAACUUAACCUUUGAAACUUGUGUUUAGACCGGCACCGAGCCACGUAGCCUAGGUGCGUAUCUCCAAGAGACAUUUCCCGGCAGGUUUAUGUCGUCAUCUUCACCGAGACGUGUCAAGAGACGUGCAUGUUGUGUGGCGUUGACGCUUGGCAUCGAGUCGCGACCGUGCGUGCGAUGGGAUUACAGUAUUUAUGCUCCCUGAGGCCAGAGUGUGGCGUGAGUUGGAGUCUGCAUGUUUGUUGAAGUAAAAUGUUGAACAAA